AUGUAUGGAAGAAAACACAGUUACAUUUUUGUAACAACUUUGAUUGGUUUAGUCGCUGCUAGUAAAUUUCUCGAAGAGAAGCCGGAUUUUAUUACACCUUGCAAAUCUGCCAAUUCAGAUUUCAAACAAUGUGUAGUUAAAAAUUUUCAAGCAUUUUUUGUGGAAUUUAAAGAUGGUGUUCCCGGUCUAAAGUCAGUCGGCCCCGUUGACCCUUUCCACAUCAAACGUAUCUCAUUAACGGAAAAUACCAGCAGCAUUAUUUCCAUCAAUAUUGGAUUUACGAAGGUGGAAUUACGUGGCCUUCGUAACACAAUUGUCGACGAUGCUGACUUUGAUCAAACAAAGUUGGUGACCAAAAUGACGUUAUCGGUGCCAGAAUUAAUAAUGACAUCCGAUUAUCAAAUGAAAGGACGUAUUUUGGCCCUGGCAUUAGAUGGAAGUGGAAAGGCGGAAAAUAAAUUUAAAAAUCUUAAAUUUAAUCUAAUUUGCAAACUGAAACUGCGCGAAGAAAAUGGUUUCAAAUUCACCGAUUUGGAUAAACUACGGGUUGAGGUCGCCGAUGUUGGCCUCUAUCAAAGUCAUUGGGAAAAUCUCUUCAAUGGACAAAAAGAUCUAGAAGAUUCGGCGAAUGCCGUUUUCAAUGAUAACUGGAAGGAAUUGUUUACCGCUUUUCGGCCAUCCUUCACUGCGACCGUUCAGAAGGUUUUGGAGGAUCGUUUUAAAAAAAUAUUUGCCUAUAUUCCGGCGAGUUAUUACUUUGGUGAUUUGUGA